AUGUGGUGGCGGUCGCACUCGGGCGACGGCAAGGUGCCGCCGCCGCCCCCGAGGCCGCUCCGAGACCUCCCCGACGUCGCCUUCCGCAUGCACUGCGCCCUCAAGUUCGGUCGGCGCUGGAUGGCCGACCGGUCGCUGGAGCUGGAGGAGUUCCGGGCCAUGUGGCGCCCGUUCAAGGGCUUCAUCCUGCACCUGUUCCUGCUCAUCCUCAUGAACCUCACCUGCCUCUGCCGCCUCGACCGGUUCAUGUUCUUCACCCACGACGCCCUCGAGGACUUCUACUGCAACAACCACUUCCCGGACGGCCCCGUCAACCAGAUGAUUACCUUCUACGAGGUGGACUCGGUGGAGCGGCUGUGGAGCUUCAUGGACUACCUGGUGGAGGCGGUGGGCGAGGACGACCCGCCCGCCAUCACGAAGGACAACCCGCUGGUGGGCAGGGUGCGCUUCCGCCAGCUGCGCGUCCGGGCCGGGCCCUGCAUCGUGGCGCGGCGGCCCGAGUUCGCCGCGCGCUUCGACAAGUGCUACAGCUUUUUCGACGAGGCCACGAACAACAGCUGGGUGGACGAGGCGACGCGCGCCGUGUUCGUGGAGCACGCCUCGUACAACGCCAACUGCAACGAGGUGUGCCACGUGGGCGUGCGCUUCGAGCUGCCGCCCGGCGGCGGCGUGGUGCCCUUCAUCAACAUCCGGUGCGCGCCGCUCAUGCAGUACGCCACCAUGCUGGACUACUGGAUCCUGGGCCACGAGAUCCUCUUCUCCAUCAGCACCUUCAUGCUCACGGCCAACGAGUGGCUGCUGCUGCUCCGGCACCGACCUCGCUUCGCUCGCUGGAUUUGGAACACUAUUAGAGAAGUCUAA